AAUUAAAACCCGGAGUCUUGAGAGAUGCGCAAUUAAACAAAAGCGUUGCCAGCAUAAAACAAAGUCAUUUAUCGUUUAACCAGUUGCGCGCUGAAACCGUUUCUAAGAAACGAGUAGACGGAAAUUUCAUUCUUAGCGUUUUGCGCGGAUUUCGCUCAACAUGGACGAUUUAAUGGACUUUUUCGAUUCUUCAAAGAAUUUCAAGCGUGGCACUUUGCCAAGAGGCUGUAUAAGUGGUGACCCCAAUGCGUACACGUCAGAAUCUAGCGACUCAAAGCCGAUCAAACGAGAGAUAAUUGGCACAAAAGAUGUCAAUGAAAUUGUGCAAAAAGAGCAGCAGCUCAUGAACCAACUCGUCGGUGGGCCAAGUAAUACCAAAAGGACCAAAACGCUCGAUGAACUGGAGAGCGAUGAUGAUGACAAAAUGGAAUUGAAUGAAGCGCCCACUGUGCGCUCUGACGAAGCUUUCUAUGAGAAAUAUCAUUUCGAUUUAAACCGCAAUCGAUCCCUGCCAAUUUAUGCGCAGCGCGAACAGAUUAUGAAAGCCAUCAAAGAAAAUCCGGUGGUCAUAUUGAAAGGCGAAACGGGCUGCGGGAAAACGACACAGGUGCCGCAGUACAUUCUGGACGAGGCUUUUAAAAAGCGCGAAUUUUGUAAUAUUGUUGUGACGCAGCCACGUCGCAUUGCUGCCAUUUCGAUUGCGAAUCGCGUUUGCCAGGAGCGACGAUGGCAACCGGGUACCGUGUGCAGCUACCAGGUGGGCCUGCACAAGCAGUCCAAUUCGGCGGACACGCGUCUCUUGUACUGCACCACCGGAGUUCUGUUGAACAAUCUGAUUCGGCUGAAGACGUUGACCCACUACACGCACAUUGUGCUGGAUGAGGUGCACGAUCGAGAUCAGGAUAUGGAUUUCCUGUUGAUUGUGGUGCGACGACUGCUGGCACUCAAUUCACGACAUGUCAAAGUCAUUCUAAUGUCGGCGACAAUCGAUACACGCGAGUUUUGCAAGUAUUUUGCCAGCUGUAAAUCGAUGCCACCGGUUGUGGCCGCCAGUCAUGGCCGGAAGUAUCCGCUGGUCAAGUACUAUCGCGAUCAACUGAAGAACAUUAACUGGAAGACUGAGCCGCAGCAACGGGAGCCGGGCAUAACCCAUGAGGGCUACAGAGAUGCCGUCAAAAUCCUCCUGGUCAUCGAUAAUAUGGAACGCAAAGCGGAGGGUCAAUCCGAGCAGUCCUACGAGGAGGCAAAGCGCACGGGCUCCGUGCUCAUCUUUCUGCCGGGCGUCAAUGAGAUCGAUACGAUGGCCGAGCACAUCGAGCACGUCAUGAAUGAGAGUCCUAACAUUAAGAUUACGAUUGUGCGCUGCCAUUCGCUGAUGUCGUCCGAUUCGCAGGAGGAUGUGUUUCAGCCGCCGCUGUCUGGCCAUCGCAAGGUCAUACUGACCACCAACAUUGCGGAGAGCUCCAUAACUGUGACAGAUGUAUCCUAUGUGAUUGACUUUUGCCUCGCCAAGGUGAUGCACAUCGACACGGCCUCCAAUUUCAGCUGCCUGUGCCUGGAAUGGGCAUCCAAGGUGAAUUGCCGUCAACGUGCAGGGCGCGUUGGUCGCACACGCAGCGGUCGAGUUUAUCGCAUGGUCACCAAGGCCUUCUAUAUGGAGGAGAUGCAAGAGUUUGGCAUACCCGAAAUGUUGCGCUCGCCACUGCAAAGCUCGGUGCUUAAGGCCAAGGAACUCGACAUGGGCGGACCAAGUGAAAUUUUAGCACUUGCUAUGUCGCCGCCAAAUCUCACGGAUAUCCAUAACACGGUGUUGCUGCUGAAGGAGGUGGGCGCCCUUUACACAACGGUCGAUGGCGUCUACGAGCAGUUGGACGGCGAUCUCACCUAUUGGGGCACAAUCAUGUCACGAUUCCCGCUCGACGUGCGCCUCAGUCGCCUUAUCAUACUGGGAUACAUCUUCAAUUGUUUGGACGAGGCGAUUAUUAUUGCUGCUGGCAUGUCUGUUCGCUCCUUGUAUCUCUCGGGACAGCGUCAGCGCACAAGCGAUGCUUUUUGGAUGCACUACAUCUUUGCCGAUGGUUCCGGCUCCGAUUUGGUUGGCUUUUGGCGUGUGUAUAAAAUCUAUGUGAACAUGUGCCAGAAUCUUCCGAUGAAGGAUUCGGAGGUGCAGUGGGCACGUCGCUAUAAUGUCAGCCUGCGUUCGCUGAAGGAGAUGUAUUUGUUGGUCCAGGAGUUACAGAAGCGUUGCGCGGCCCUUAAUCUGGUGUCGCUACCCGUUGGGGCCAGCCACAUGUGGCAUGAUCGUGAGAAAUCGAUUAUUUUGAAAGUGAUCAUUGCUGGCGCCUUCUAUCCCAAUUAUUUUACGCGCAACAACAAAACGAUACCAGAUUAUGAUCGUGACGUGUAUCACUCCAUUUGUGGCAACGAUCCUUGCCGCACCGUCUACUUCACGCAGUUUGUGCCGCGCUACAUGGGCGAAUUGUAUACGCGGCGUGUCAAGGAACUUUUUCUCGAAGCGAGAAUUCCACCAGAGAAAAUCGAUGUAACCUUUCAGCAGGGCUCGGAGAAGAUAUUUGUUACGUUCAAGGGCGAUGACGAUGACUAUAUGAACUCCACGGAUGUGGUACAGGUUCCGGGUCGCGUCACCACCGAAGUCUACAAAGCCAUUCGGAUGCGUAUGAAUAAUCCAAACCGUUCUCUGCGCGUCAUGGAUCAAAACAGCGCUUUGAAGUAUGUGCAACAGCGUAACAUCGGUGUGGUCCAGGACAGCAAAUGGGUGCCGCCAUCCAAGCAAUGGAAUGUGGAGUUGCUCACCUUGCCAUCGGUCUUUGACAAGAAGAUCACAGGCCUCAUUACUUAUAUAGUCAACUGCGGCAAGUUCUACUUCCAGCCACGAUCGCUGGCCGAGCGCAUUGCCAGCAUGACGGAGAUAUUCAAUGCACCGGAGCAGCUGAGCUACCAUGUGCGGAAUGCGAGCGCCAUAACGAAGGGUCUGCAGUUGCUGGCGAGACGUGGAUCCAAGUUUCAGCGUGCUGUGGUGCUAAAGGUGGAGCCGCAAUCGAAUGCGAUUCCCCAGUUUUUGGUGCGUUUCAUUGAUUACGGCGAUUGGGCAUUGCUGGCCAUGGAUCAGUUGCGUCUGAUGCGGCACGAACUGAGGCGCGAUUUAGAGGAAUUGCCACCGCGCAUGUUCGAGUGCCGCUUGGCGCUGGUGCAGCCAUCGUCGGUGACCAGCUACAGCAAUCGCUGGCCCCAAAAGGCCAACGAAAUGUUGAGCAAGCUGGCCAGUUGCGGUCCUCUCGAACUGGAGGUGUACUCCCUGGUGAACAAUGUGGCCGCUGUUCUCAUCCACAUGCGCGACGGCGUACUCAACGACAAACUGGUGGAGCACCAAUUGGCGCGACGUGCCGACGAGGAUUACAUGUCACGCAAGGAUCACGACUUCCGCAUACGCAAACAGAAGAUGAAGCGUUAUGUGCCCGCCGCGGAACAACAGCAGGUCAAUGAGGAGUAUCUGCGCUUUAACCAGCUGCCGCAGGAUGCCGAUUUGGAGCCACCGCCGCUGGAUAAAUGCCAUACGAGCAUACGGUUGAAGGGACCAUAUAGUCCGCUCGAAAACAGCAUGAACUCAAUGCUGCGCAUUGGCAUGUACAAGUCGGUGGCCAUUGAGAAGGAGUCGGUGAACGCUGUGCUUUUGGAUGCAGAUCCGCAGGAUCGACACGAUCAAAUGAUUGUCGCCGCCUCGGUGACCGAGUCGGAUGGUAAUGACAAAUUGGUGGCUCGCGGCACAACAUUGAUGCCGAAUAUACAUGGAUUUGGUGCACUUAUGGCCAUGCUCUUUUGCCCCACAAUGCAGAUCAAAUGCAACCCGGAGCGCACGAAAUAUGUGUGCCUGUUGGCCGGCCUAGGCUUCAAUCCGGACACCUUGGAGCCGUAUUUUCAAGAGCACGACAUGGUCAUCAAUUUGGAUGUCGGCAUACUCAAGGAUGAUAUUCGUAUUAUAAAUCAAAUGCGCUAUAAUAUCGAUAGUAUGUUCUUCAAUUUCGAUGCUAAUGAAUUGCCUGCGGUUGGCGUAGAGGGUCGCCUUGUUAUAUUUAAUCAAUUGCGUAAUUUGCUUACUCGACUGCUUGGCAAGGAUCGCAGCUUCAUUGAACGACACGUAUGGAAUUCGAAAUACGUUUGGGAGGACAUGUCUGACUUGGAGCCGCCAUCCGAGCCGUAUGGCAAACGUGCUAUAUUUCCAAUGCAUGGCUCCUAUGAUCUGGAAAGCGAGGACAUGGGCAAUUUACUGGCCUUACAAGAGAAUUGCAGUGAACUGUACGAUUGGCAAAAUUUCGAUGGUGUCAUGCAGCCCCGCAAUUGCAGAUUGUGCAACGAAACGCUGGAGUCUGUGACCCAGUUACGUUUGCAUUUGCUAACCCAACUGCAUCGCGACCGUGAAAAGCAAGUGGGCUGGAAACAACAGUAAUAAUUUUAGCCAGUUCUCGUGUAGAGCACCUGACAAGCAGUUUGUGCCUUUUGUCACACAGACUGACAUUAAAUAUAUAGUAUAUUAUCUAUAUAAGUUCCUAGUUAUAAGUUUAACUUGAAUUAUCCUCAAUAAUGAGGCAUUUUUUGUUUGACUAUCGCGAAAACGUUUCACAUGAAAUUUACCAUCGUUUUUUUUUUGUCGUUUCUACUGAGCAUUA